CUUGGAGCCUGACAUCCUCCCCUGAGACCUAUGCUAUCCCUGUAGUAGACAUGAUACAGCUAGAGCAGCAGUCUAGCCCUUUUGUAGCUGUGACAAAAUCUAUACAGGUAGAUGAGAGGCACAAUCAGUAUGAGAAGACUGAUCCUCUGGGAAAGACAAAGACACAGCCAGCCAACCAGGUGUUCCUAUUUGAGGGAACAAGUGAGUUGGGUCACAUGAUCAGCAGUGAGAGUAAGUAUGACAACAAAAGUGGAGAAGGAUCAGAGGGAGCUGAUUGGCUAGAGCAACCCAGUGAUCAUUCCCCAUUUAUUCUGGUGGACUGCUCCCUUGUCACUCAGACCACUUCAGCCAAUCAUCAUGCAAGUCCAGGAGAAGCUGCUGAGACUCAAAUCCAGGCUGAUCAAUCAUUAUCCCCAAGCAUUUUUGAGUUGGACAAAUUUGUUUCCAAGAAACAUGUUCUGUCAUUUACAAUGGCCCAAAAUAAAGAUGGGCCUACCACUGAAAGCCAAUGUGACACUGGCAAUAAGAGCAUUGGAAAUGUGGUGGGUAAAACAACAGAAGCCAGGUCUCUAAGCUCCAGCUCUGGGGGGGAUAGAGACACACUAAAGUAUAGCCCCGACAGCCUUCACCCAGGUAGUCAAGACGAACUCAGGUCCAAUUCUGAUGGAGAUUCGUCAUCAGGCCUAGAAAUGGAUUACAUAAUUGUGUCUGGCACAGUAAAAGAAGCUGAGAAAGAGUUUCACGAUAGGCCUAAACAGGGUAACAGGCAAUCAAAAGGUACAAGCAAGUCCAUGGAGACAUUUAGCAUGCUUUCCUAUGCUGCCACAGUACUGCAAACCCAUGCCCAAGCUGCAAAUAGAGAGCAUAGGGAGUACACAGAACAAAGUAGGCAAAAACAAAUGAUCAGAGAUACUGACAGUACACCUAGCAAAGUUACUGAACAAAGUCAAGUUGUCUUAUGCGCUCAUUACAGUGCAAGUCUUGAUGAUGCCACUGAGCAUCACAUGCCAGAAAUUGUCGGUCUCAGCCAAUCAAAAAAUAACUCUGAAGCUUUACAUCAGUCAGAUUCAAGACCAACAGGUUGCAGUCAAACACAGGUAGAAGAAGGAAGCAAUGACGAUAAAUCAAGCAUUGUGGCCAGAAGUGCGUCUCCAUCUUUAAGAUAUCCGUCAGAUCACUUCCUGAAAACCAGAGAGGAAGUUUAUGUCCAUUCACAGAUCUCAAUGGAAGAUUCAGAUGAGGGUGGGCAGUCACCCUCUGCACCUCCACCAGACUUUCAAGUCUGGGGGGGUCAGUUAGCAAGACAGGACGUACCGCAAACAACAUCUGAACCACAAUCACCUGUACUUACCAACAGUUCAGUCUCCCGGACCAGCUCUUUGAUUGGCACCCCAUUAAGUGAAUCUGGCAUUUCUACUGACAGAGGACUUGGAUUACCAUUUUCUGGAGAUUUGAUGGAAGAGGAGAAUGAUGAGGAAGAGCAGGAGGAGGGAACUGAUAAAGAGCACACUACCUUGCCAACAUGGACUUCAGAAGUACAAAGUGCGAGUGAGGAAAAACAACAGUUUGGAUCUUCUGAUCUGCUUAGUUUCACUGAGGAGCUGAUUGGAGGUUCUUCAUUGCAAUCACUCGAACCAAAGAGGGACAGAUCCCUACAGAAUACAGUGGAUUACUACAAUGGACAACCUAUAAGGACUGUUGAUCGUGAUAAUUGGUCGACUGAACAACAGACUGGAGACCAUGAAUCUUCUCAAGAUAGCUAUUCACCUGUUUCAAGAAGACACCAAGAUGUGACUUCACAGUUUUCCUCCCAGCCAACCAACGCUGCAUACCAGUGGACAGAAAGCGAGAAUUUAACUCAGGGUCAAACCCAAUAUGGCUACAACUACCACCACAUUGACCAAAGAACUGAAAACCAGAGUGCCCACCCUGCCUGUUUACAUACUAAAUCCAACAGCCAACAAAACACCACAGAUGUCUAUGCUGAGUUUACAACUCAUCCCACAGCUAUACAGUAUGGAUCUGAGCAGGCUGAGAGCUAUUAUGAACCUGGAGGUAAUGCCGAGUACAGCUUGGAUAAUCAAGGUUCCCAGUUUCAAUAUAUGGCUGAAAGCCAGUAUGGAGAUGACUCCAACCUCAUGUGCGCCUCUGAACUUCAGUGCUCUCAGUAUCAAGCUGAUGGCCAGAGUCAGUAUGAGUCAGACCACGCUCAUUACCAGUUUGACGGACAGCCAGUCUACCAAUCACGUGUACACCCUAAGAGGGAAGAUCAUACGCGAUAUGUGCCGGAGGGAUGUGUUCACUUUUUUCACUCAAGACAAUCCCAACAGGGAGACGGUGCAGCAGGCAUGAUGGCCUCCAGUGAGGAGGCUGCUGAGGAGAGGGAUAACAGAGAAGAUCCACCCUCCUCUGCGGAUCUGUCAGGUGGGUCCAAUCAAAGGAGAAAGUUGGCAGCUCCACCAAUGAAUGUGUCACUGGACCGCAGUGAGGGGUCACUUCUCUCAGAAGAUGCCCUGGACACAGAGGACGAGGCCUCGGAUACUGGUGAUGACCUUGAUGUCAACGUAGAUGAGGACACACCUGAUGAGGCUGACUCACUGGAGCUCAACAGACACGAGUCUAAUCUGGGUGCAGGAGCAGCAUCAAGUGAUGCCAUCGCAGGACACAGAUCAGCUGAGGAGAGCAGUGAAAACAGGCUGUGGAGGAGCGUGAUGGUUGGAGAGCAGGAGCAUCGCAUUGAUAUGAAGUGCAUUGAGCCAUACAAAAGAGUAAUUUCUCAUGGAGGUUAUUACGCCGAACAGAAUGCCAUCAUCGUGUUUGCAGCAUGCUUCCUACCAGACAGCAACUGUGACAAUUACAAUUAUGUAAUGGAAAACCUUUUUCUGUAUGUAAUAAGUACCUUGGAACUAAUGGUGGCAGAAGAUUACAUGAUUGUUUACCUGAAUGGCGCCACACCUCGCAGGAGGAUGCCUGGCUUUACCUGGAUGAAAAAGUGCUACCAAAUGAUAGACAGAAGACUGAAGAAAAACCUUAAGAUGUUCAUCAUAGUCCAUCCUUCCUGGUUUAUACGGACUUUGCUGGGAAUCACCAGACCCUUUAUAAGCUCCAAGUUCAGCAGUAAGAUCAAGUAUGUGAACAGUCUGCAGGAGCUUGGGGAAAUCAUCCCAAUGGAGUUUGUCCACAUUCCACCCAGCAUUGUAAAGUAUGACGAGGAGAGGGGUAUACACAAAUUUGCAUGCAUGAGACUGGAUACAGAAUUGCAAGACACAGCAGCUAAAGCUGACAAGAAGGGGAACUCUUUUGUUUGACAAGAUACAAGAUACCUGGCUGCUGCCUAUCUUCUCCCUGCAUUAUGCUGUACUUUACCGCAGCAUAUCUGAAUAUAAGCCAGCCUGCAGCAUGAUGUGUAUGGCACACGGUUGUUGCAAUGGGUUAGAAAGAAAGAAGCUGUGGUAAUAAAACAUCAGGCCUUUGCUUGUUCUUUGAGGAAAGUACGAAUCUGAGAGUGCUGCUGAACCUGUACAGGUCAGAGACUCACUGUGCUGAAGGGAAGAUGCUUUAUCCUGUAUUACUGUACCUUACACAGCACUUAAUUGUGUACCCCAUCUAGCUUUUGUAUUCUUUGACAAAUCUUUUAAUUUGAACAAUACUUUGAUAAUUAUGUAAUUCACUUUGGAGGAAUUACUAACCGUCUUUUUUACAUUUAUGUGUAUUAUUCUACGCUGUCAGUUGCCAUCUGUAUCUUUUGUAACCAUGGUAAUAAUCAGUGUGGAUUCUCAGCAGCUGUAGCGAGGCUCAUGACUCUUUCACCUAAUAACUAAACACAUGCAAACAUAAGUUGUAUUACAGCCCAUCUGCUCACAAAUGAACAUUUGUGUUGCCUGGACAAUUGGGAUGUUACUGUACUGUGGCUCUGUCAAUAGGCUGAAUGUUAAGAGACACUCAAUUUAGACUGUAAUUUUAGGAAGUCAAGGUGCACCCAAAAUAUGAUCCACACAUAAAAUAAUCUUUUUACUGUACACGUCUGUUCUGUUGAAAUGGCAUGAAACAGAAGUGCCAAGCUGGUUUAUGAAUAGUUUCCAAGCGUGUAGGUGGCUCCUGUCAGUGUUACAUUAUGUCGCCAUCUCAUUCAACACUUCAUACAAUCUUUAAAGGCUAUCAUAGGCUGCUCUAUUUCCACUGUAUGUCACGGUGAAAAUACUACGAUAAUCUAUGAUGGCCAUGAGAGCUCAGCCCACUGCAACAAAACACAAGCAAAUUAAGAAAAAAAUUAUUUGACAACCCAUGCGCAGCAAAGUAAGGAAACAACCAAAUACAGAAAUGCACUGCAAAUUUCAGCAUAGUUUUCUGUAUUUACUUGUGUUUUCUUACUGUAAGUUGCAGUGCGUUGAGCUCUCAGAGCCACCUUAGUUAUCAGUAGCUGCAGUGUUGCAUGCUUUCAUUUGCUACAGUUUGAUAUUACUCUGAUCUGAUAACUCACCUAAAAGCAGAACUGUGUACCAGUGUAAUUUAAGUCAU